UUAAGAACAAGGUCAUGCGAGCACGCCAGGCACGAGGAGCAAGCGGUGGUCUCGACUGGAAUCUCCUGUCCCGAGACCUGAAGCCGUUACAGCUGGUGGGCAUUUAUGAGAAGCAAAAGGCGACAAUGGCCUGGGAGCUGGGCGACUUGCGCUCCCAAGUGACUUCGCUGUGUCACGAGCUCCAGCACAAGGAGAACAACGCUGCCGCCACCCGACAGCACGAUGUAUGUAUGCCCGAUGCAUUGCUUCAAACACUCUCGAAGUUCCACCUCGUGCAGAUUACGGACCGUUGUGGUGGGAAAAAUCACAGCCAAGCCACCACCUUGUUAGAGCAGCUUUGCGACAAGCUGCAGGUUGGGAGUGCCGCUCAGUUGGCGGUGAGAACACUCCGCUUGAUAUGCUUCCACCACUGAUAUUCCCUCUCUUGCGUGAGCCAGGGUGCAGUCGAAAGCUUGCUUAUGGUCAAUACUGCAGUCCCGUCUUUGGAGGAUUUUGUGGAACAAGUCUGCGACGUCGUCCUGGUUGCUGGACGGGAGUUUCUUCCAAGGUGACGACGAACCUACGAGUAGCUCAAGUCUCUUGCCCGUACUGAUAUUAGUUUGCGGUUAUGCCAGACCCACAGAAAGUCCGUGCGAAGUUCCCAGAAUUCUGGAGGGGUGGCUGGAUGUUCUGUCUGCGGUAACUAGAAGCCAAUCGAUCUCGUAGCUAUUUGAUGAAGGGGAUUCCCGAUGGAACACGCCGAGCGUAAUCUUCGUACUGGGAUCCAAAGAAGCGGCGGAGAAAGUACUCCUCGCAGCUGACGACAGGUAGUGUUAUGAAGGAAAAGAGUAACAAGGAGGCAACAUACGCAAUGCGAGAGUGAAA